AUGUCAAAAAGUCACAAGAAAAACCCGACAGUCAAAUCUUUCUCCCUAAAUGGCCAUAGUAGACCAGUCAGAAUGGUGAGAUACAACAGAGAUGGAGACAUGUUCUUCACUUGUUCAGAUGACACACUCAUCAUGGCCUGGGAUAACGAAACUGCAGAGAAGGUUGGGACCUAUGAAGCACAAGGAGCAUGCAGAUCCUUAGCAGUCUCUAAAAACACUGAGUACAUCGUAGGGAGUUACAGACUUGAAGGAGUCAAUAUUUUCGAAGCAAUGACCGGAGAAAUCGUCCUUCAUCUCGAUAUUACUGAUUCAUAUAAAGCCGAAUAUGUCGAGUUUAGCUAUGGAGAUCAAGAAUUGCUCAUUCUCAAUGCCAAAGGAGAUAAAUCAAGAAUUGAUAUUUAUGAUUUCAGCAAAUUAAUUACUGGAGAAACUAAGCCAUUGAGAACAAUUUCCUUUGAUGAAGAAAUCACACAAGCCUCUUACGGAUACCUCAAUGAAAAAUUAUACUUGAGCACUACAGGUGGAAAGAUGUAUAUUGUUGACCCAGAGUCAGGAGAAAUUCAGGUAGAAGCUAAAGUUCAUCCUGGACAUACUAUUUUCUCAUUCUCCUUCUCUAAAGACUUCAGUAUGCUUGCUUCAUGAGGAAAGGAUAACAAAUGUAAAUUGCUCAACCCAGAGACCUUAGAAAUUGUUAAAAUCUACGACAAAGAAUCACCAUGAAGAUGUUGUACUUUCAACCCAAUGUUCGACAAUGAGGAGACUGAUAAAUUCCAUAUUCUCAUUGGAGGAGGACAAGAUGCCAAAGAUGUCACAACCACAAAAGCAAAAGAAGGAAGUUUUGAAUCAAGACUCUAUCAUAUCAUUCAUGAAGAUGAGAUCACUCAGAUUACUGGACAUUUCGGUCCAGUGCACUCCAUGAAAUGGUCUCCAGACGGGAGAACCUUUGUCUCCACCUCAGAAGAUGGUACUGUCAGAGUCCAGCGAUUCCCACUAGAGUACUUAGAGUCAUAA